GAGUGGCACUGUAUAAAAGAAGCUGCCUUGAGAUUUCUAAAAUUCAUACAAAAACUUCCUAGGUAAGGAAACUUACCAGAUUUUGCCAUCUGAUCUUUAGGGAUGGACCCAGAAGCAACCUCUGUUUAUUGGGAUUAUUUAUAUGGGACAAGCCCAAAUCCUGACGAUCUGGAGGAGACCCACUUCCAUGCUCCUUACACAUCUGUUUUCCUUCCCAUCUUUUACGCAACCGUGUUCCUGCUCGGGGCGCUGGGGAACCUCCUCCUCAUGAGCGUGCUGCAUUUCAAACGGGGCAGCCGGAGGCUGAUCGACAUCUUUAUCCUGAACCUGGCCACCUCGGACUUCAUCUUCCUCAUCACGCUGCCUCUCUGGGUGGAUAAAGAAGCCUCGUUAGGACUGUGGAGAACAGGUUCUUUCCUGUGCAAAGGCAGCUCCUACAUGAUCUCUGUCAACAUGCACUGCAGCGUUUUCCUGCUCACCUGCAUGAGCAUCGACCGCUACCUGGCCAUUGUGUGUCCAGCCGUAUCCAGGAAAUUCCGAAGGAGAGACUGUGCGUAUGGAGUCUGUGCCAGCGUCUGGUUUGUCUCUUGCCUCCUGGGGUUGCCUUCUCUUCUGUCCAGGGAGCUCAUCCUGAUUAAUGAUCAGCCAUACUGUGCAGAGAAGAGGGCCACGUCGAUUAAACUGACUUGGGCCCUGGUGUCCUUGAUUGCUACCUUUUUUGCGCCUUUGGUGAGCAUUGUGACCUGCUACUGCUGUAUCACAAGGAAGCUGUGUGCCCAUUACCAGCAGACGGGAAAGCAUAACAAGAAGCUGAGGAAAUCCAUCAAGAUCAUAUUUAUUGUCGUGGCAGCCUUUGUGUUCUCCUGGCUGCCCUUUAAUACUUUCAAGCUCCUGGCCAUUGUCUCUAGGUUGCAGCAAGAACACUACUUUUCCUCGUCUAUUCCCCAGCUGGGCAUGGAGGUGAGUGGGCCCUUAGCAUUUGCCAACAGCUGUGUCAACCCUUUUAUUUACUAUGUCUUUGACAGCUACAUCCGCAGGGCCGUUGUGCACUGCUUGUGCCCUGGCCUCAAGAACUAUGACUUUGGGAGCAGCACGGAGACAUCAGAUAGUCACCUCACUAAGGCUCUCUCCAACUUCAUCCAUGCAGGGGAUUUUGCCAGGAGGAGAAAGAGGUCUGUGUCACUCUAAAAGGAACUCUGACUUCUCAAGUUCUGUUGGUGGACUGGACAGCUCAUUUGGGUCGACAAAGGAGGAAGAAGAGUAUUGCUAAAAGUAUUCAUAUUGCUUCAUAAAUGCAAGGAAGAGUUAAUUUUGAUGAAAAAGGCAAUUGAAAAGUCUUUGUGUUUGUGGAUAUAAUUAGGCCAUAUGCUGGUGGGGUGGGGUUUUUUGUGUGUUUUUUUUUUCCAGCAGACUGGCCUUAUUUGACCCUUGCCAAUCCCGUUCACAGGGCAAAAUACAACUCCUUUAUGCCCUUGAACUCUGAGAUAAAGGCUCCUGCUUGGACUAGUGUCUUUCUUCAAGAUUCUUAAUGCACAUUUAGGCUUUUUCCUCUUUCAAGAACAGUGGUACCUUGGCCCACACCACCCUUCAUACUGGGCUCCAAAGUGGACUACAGUUAAAGGACUCUGCCCACUUAUACCUGGUGAGACAUGUGGUGUCAAUGUAGGUAGCAGAAAAUAUAAUAUAUCUGUGCUCUGACAGUAAUUGUUCCUGAGUAAUGAAGUGAGGUUCUGGUCUUGUUACUUAAAACCUUGUAUGGUGAUUCUUUACCAUCUUCCAAUGUUGGCUUUCAUCCUGUGUCAUUCAAAAUAACUUUAGACUGGCAAAAAGCUCAUGGGGGGUGAAUCAUUUUGUAUUAUGUUUAUGACUUGAGACUUACAUUAUUAUCUGGCCUUCUAGAGUAUUUUAACAAGAAAGCAUAUGGCAAGGUUUGACCUUUAUUUUCUUUAUAAGAUAUAUUGGUAAAAUUGUAUCUCAUUAUAAUGGUGUAGUAACUACUUUUCAAGGGGAUUUUGCAUGCUCUUUUGUUUUUAUUGUCUUUAUAAAUUAGGAUAUGACUUUGCUUUAAUUAUAUGUUUUUAAUUUAUGCAGUUUAUCUAGGUAUCAAAUAAAAAUGUAACUAAUAAUAUAAUUAGGGGUCAUCAAAUGCUUAGCUACAGCCUUGUGCAGAUUAUGCUUUUGUAAUUUAAUUAAAAUGUUAGUGCUACACAUUCCUCAUAGUAUCAUUUGCUGGAGUAUAUAAUUUCAAGAUUUGAUCCAGUAAUAUAAGAAGGCAGGAUACUCUGAAGUAAAAAAACAUCAUAACAAUGAUGAUGUUGGUAUUUUAUAUAGAUUUUUUCAAACCCAGAGACUAUCCUGAAUUCCUUCACCCAAUAAGUAUUUACUUAGAUGAUUUGCAUCUAAUAUUCUUUUUAAAGACUUUGGAGUGAAAAACUAGCAAUGUAAUUAGCAGUAAACACAAAAGCAGCAAACAUACUAUUGGAAACCAUUUUUUAAUUUAAAAGAAAGAUGUUAUAUUUUUAAACUCACUGUUGACUCAAAUGAGUUAAUGUUUUACUUCUAACUAUUAAGUUUGAAAAUCAGAGAAAGCUUAUAAUUUUUUCAGAGAUGAAGUUAUUCAAGUUCAUUCUAUGUAUGUAUCUUUCACAUUAAAAAAAAUGUCAAAUAUUGGG